AUGACUGUGGUGUCCCUGUGCUGUUAGAACCUGAUGGAUAGUGCCCACCCUCACACUGUGCUUAGCAAGCUCAAUGAGCAGCGUUCGCAAGGCCUCUUCUGUGAUGUCACCAUUGUGGUGGAGGAUGUUAAGUUUCGGGCCCACAAGAACAUCCUGGCGGCCUGCAGCGGAUACUUCAGGAAUGCUCUGACAGCUCCUGACACGUGGAGCUCAAGCCAGGUGCUGGAGCUGAUGGACCUGAAGUCUGAGGUGUUUGCCAGUAUCCUCAACUUCAUCUACUGCUCAAAGGUGACCUCACCUGGCGCAGAGGACACAGGGGGUCUGAUGGCAGCUGGAAAAAGACUCGGAAUUCCUUUUUUAGAGAAGCUUGCAGAGCAAGAGAAGCAGGAUGAAUGUGUUAAACCCACAGACUCCAGCACAGCCCCAGUGUCUAAGAAAACCAAGAAGGAAGCUCCCAGGCCUGAGGACAUAGACAGAGGGCCACGCAUCACCAAUGCCUUCUCUAUCACUGAAGUGUGUCCUGGGAACAAUCUCUUCACCCCUCUGGCUCAAACCAAUGGGGAGAGGCAGUCACCAGAUGUGGGACAACUCCCAUCAAGUUGCCCCACGACCUCCUGCCUCAAUGGGAACAAUGAGACAACCCAAGCCCUCUCUGAGCACUCAUAUGCAGUAAGCAAAUCUACUGAAGGCAAAGACAGCAGUCAGUGGGACAACAGGAAGGUCUGUAAGCCAGCAAUAUCUCAGCCAAAGCAACUCAGUUACAGGAACGCAGGCCCGCUCAAAAAGCGCCACAGGCUGCGAGGCACUUUGUGUCGAAGUAUUCUUCCAACACCAGCUGAACCACAAGCAGAUAAACCAAAUACAGUAACCCCCACAUUAGCUGAUGAUGUUUCUGCAGCACCUGUUGCAGUCAUGACACCACCUCCGCUUUUUUCAGAGGCAGAAACACAAAAAAGAAUAGACCCAGGGCUACCUGUAGCCACUGACAAUGCCCUAAUGGAGUUAGGUCCACCAACCCUUUCCCCUCACACAGAGGACAGCAUUUCAAUCUAUGGAUGUGACCACUGUCCGGAGAUAUUCACAAAUAAAGCUCUUCUCACCAUUCACUCAGAGGUACAUAAAAAGCGCUUUGUUAGUCAUUUGUUUUGCAAGUUUUGUCACAGAAAGUUUAUUCACCUCAAACGGCUGCGCAACCAUGAGCAAGUCUGUCCCAAAAUUGUAAGGGGUCCACCUAAACUGCAUGCUACUGACAUAUCAACCAAAGACGUGGAACUCCAUUCAGAUGACAUGCCAAACACAGAGAGCGACAUGACACAGCUUCCUUCUGCUGACCUCUCCAGCCCUUACACCCCAGAGCCCCUUCAAGUGGACCAAUCAGAGCCUCCACAGGUUGAGAAAGCAGUGAGGCCUGGUGGCGGUCAGAGGAGAUACAACUGCAGUGUGUGUAAACGGGUCUACGUCACCCUAUCCAGUCUAAAGCGGCACGAGAAUGUACAUUCCUGGCAGAGGGCAUAUCCCUGCCACUACUGUAAUAAAGUGUUUGCUUUGGCAGAGUACCGUACGAAGCAUGAAAUCUGGCACACGGGUGAACGCCGCUAUCAGUGCAUUUUCUGCCUGGAGACAUUCAUGACAUAUUAUAUCUUAAAGAACCAUCAGAAGUCUUUUCAUGGCAUUGAUCCCAGCCUAGCUGUUAAGAAAAAAUCCGCCAAUGGUGGUCUGAAAGCCAGUGUUUAUCCAAUCAAACUCUACAGGCUUCUGCCUAUGAAGUUCAGAAAGAGGCAAUACAAGACGUACAGUCAGACGUACUCAGAGAGUGCUGAAAGAGGCGAAGAAGCCCCACCAGACAGCAACUCUCUUAUCCCUCCAUUUGAAGAAAACGGUCUGAUCAGCCACCAUGAUAACGUUUCAUUCCCUCUCACAUUCAUGGCAACCACAAAGAUGGUGGCACCUGUCAUGCCUCGCAUCAGCUUUGACAAGCCAUGUGACCAACAUGUUGACCAAAGUCUGAACAGUGAAUUGGAAAUUCAGAGAGGCACAAGAAAAGAGGCUGACAACAGAGAUUCAACCUUCACUGAUUACAGCAGUAGCUUUUCUUUGCAACCUGACUCUCCUGCAGUGGGUUACAAAGAUGAUCCUCCAGUACUGAGUAACUCAGAACACAUCAGUCAUAACAUGCCAUUCUUUAACUCUCUGAACACGGUUAAAAAGUUAGGUGAGCUAUCAGCUUCUGCAAAAAGAGUUGAGGAUAUGACCAAGGAGCUACUUCAAUCAAGCACUGAGAAUCUGGCGCGCGGUAAAGAUGUGGGAGCAAAGACAGAAACAUAUAUCGCCAAACCUGCAUGCCCAGGUCCAUCUGUGGAUGGAGCUGCCAUGCCACUCUGUCAGAUAACAGUGAAAAUAGGAAAUGAAGCUAUCAUUCGCCGCCGAAUCAAAGGAUCUAAGCUCUUCCCAAGAAAGAAAAGGAGAAUCAGAGAAUGGAGAGAGGAGGAGAGCCCAAGUCAGUGCCCUCCAAUAAGAGAAGACUCAGAGAGCCCCAGGCUCCGCCUCAGACCAGAAGUCACUGCCGCCACAGAACCAGAGACAUACGAUGAUCCCAAUGACUGUGACACAGCUGAUAUGCUUUGGCGUCCCUACUAUUCUUACAAAGCUAAAAAGAAAAGGAAGAAGUUGAGAUUCAAGCACAGAAAGGCUUUGUUUCGCGGUUAUCCUGAUAUAUCUGCAGAUAGAACUGCUGCCGGUGAGGCCCACCUUGAUAAAAAUAGUUGGCUGACAGAGGAGAGCGUGUCAGGUGGUAGUGGAGAGGUGAAACGUAGCCUCAGCAGGAACUCCAGCCCGAGGGCCACCUACAACUGUGACAUCUGUGACAGCUCUUUUAUCACAGAGACGGGCCUGAAAGCUCAUGUUACUGGUUCCCACCCAUGUUUCUGCAGGACCUGUGGUAAACAAGGUCCUCCCGGUGAGGCACCUGCUGGUGGUGAUUACAUCUGUAACAGCUGUAUGGAAAAUGGCUCCUGCUUUGAUAACACACCCCGGAGCCCCAACCCAGAGAAGAAGUAUCGCUGCUCCUUCUGUCCCCAGAGGUUUCUCUACCUUGCUACCAAGAGAAGCCAUGAGAAAAAACACCAGGAAACAAACGAGGAAGGAUAUAACUCUGACAACUUCACACCAUGUUCUAAAUACUCAGCACACCUGAGUGACGUCAAUAAACAAGACACCAUCAAAACUGAAGACGGAGACAAUCAAGGAGGCACUGGCAUAAAAAGUGAAAGAGUGGACGAAGCACAUCUUUCCAUUGAUAAAAUGAAGCCUAAAAUCGAGGACACAACUGACUUCAUGUCUUUAGCUGCCUACCAAGACAUGUCAUAUUCCAACAUUAAAAGUCCAUUAUCGCCCUGCACUGACUCGUUGUUUUCCAUGACGUCCUCAAAGCUGAAACAUAAAAUGGCGAAAAAAAGGAUCAGUGCACAGCACUCUAUGCAUCUCAUCUCAAAGAAGCAGGCCUGUGACAGAGACAGUGAUAGCAACAGGGACAUUUUGACGGGGCCAAGAACAACCAGUCACAAUGACCGCGACAAGUCCUUUAAACUCUUUGGAAGAAAUGAUUCUGAAACGAAAGGUACACACAUUUCUAUACACAAGCCAGAGAAAUGGAUGUGCAAAGAAGAGCCAUUUUUUUAGAGAUCUUUGAGGACAGUGGACGGCAAUAGGCAAAAGAGAAAGUGAAUGAAACUUGACUUCAAGCCUCUGCUUUUGGUUAGGAAAUGUAAGGGUGUUGUCUUUGCAGCUGAGCUCAAUAAAAUGUUUUGAGCGGACGCUAAACAAGAGGAUCUAACAUCAGUGCAGGCUGUAAUUUCUUCCCUCCUAAACUCAACAUUUUGAAAUUUUUCACCUUUGUAGGAGACUUUUUUGUUUGCAUAAUACAGGACCUUCUGACACAGACUGUACUAUGUCCAUUGUCUAUGCAUUUAUGGCAGACUCAGUGACAUGCAAGCUAUUUCAGAGCAGGGGUAGGAUGUGAUGGACGACUGAAAAGCUGCCUGGUGUGGUUACAUCUUCACUUUUUAAUAUACAUCUGGGAAAAACUGGAAAACUAUGAAUUUUACAACUGUCACAUUUCUGAAUCUCACGUUCAGUUAACUGGCUAUGUGAGUUGCACUUUAUAGUUAGACUAUGCUAAUCUGUUGGUUAAAUACUUUGAUAAUUCAGUUUCAGUUCUAAGCACCAUAUAAGUCUAAUUUCUAAUUAACAAAUGGCACCCUUGAGAUUAAAGGUACUACUUUUGUGUGUUUAAUAUGUAUAAAACAUGUAAAACUAUUUAAAUAAAUGUUGUUGAUAUUCUAAA